GGGCAGCCAAAGUCGAUGCUCAUCACUGCUGAAUAUCGAAGAAUGGGGCAUUAUAUGAUACCUUGAGCCAGUCUCCGAUGAUGAGGCACUUUGGUGACAUCAACCAAGCCGGUAAAAGAAUGGAGCUUAUGUUUGCCAGACCAGAGAUUGAAACUCCUAGUGGCCUCAAGGCAGCAUCUGUUUUAACGAGCGUAUACAACGAGAGUAAGUUUAGAACCAUUUUGCCUAAGCUUUACACAAGCGCCAUUGAGACUAUCUUUUGCCCAGACCCCAACCAGGGCUUAUACUGUCAAUUACUUUUUGGUUUAAUCCAACGAGACGAGGUUGUCAGGGUUGGUUCACUAUUUGCAUCUACGGUGCUAAGAGGUAUCAAGUUUCUAGAAAAUCACUGGCAAGAGCUAUGCUAUGACAUAAAAACAGGUCGAUUAAGCGAUUGGAUCACCGACUCAGGAUGCAGAAAUGCAGCAUCAUUGGUCAUGAAGCCUAACCCAGAAAAGGCUGACUUGAUAGAGAACAUAUGUAAUUGUAAAUCAUGGGAAGGAAUAGUCAGAAAGCUAUGGCCCAAAGCAAGGUAUAUUAGUUGUGUUUGUACUGGCGUUAUGAGACAGUAUAUUGCAGAACUCGAGUUCUAUUGCAGAGGGCUCCCUUUAGUUUCAACUUUUUAUGCUUGCUCGGAAGCUCUUUGUGGGAUUAACUUAGAACCUCUAUGUAAACCUUGUGAUGUCUCCUACACAUUUCUCCCUAACAUGGCUUACUUUGAAUUCCUUCCUGUGGAAAAUGAUCAUGAUGAAUCUAUUGAAAUGAAGAGGAACGAUGAAGAUACUGAACUUGUUGAUCUUGUAAAUGUGAAGGUUGGUCAAUGUUAUGAACUAGUUGUCUCAACUUGUGCAGGAUUAUAUCGAUAUAAAGUUGGAGAUGUUCUUAUGGUGAGUGGUUUCUACAAUAAUGCACCUCAAUUCCAAUUUGUGGAGAGGAAAAAUGUUAUCCUCAAUGUUGAUCAGGAAAAAACAAGCGAAACAGACCUUUUCAAGGCCGUGAUAGAAGCAAAGGCUCUUCUCGAUCCACUCGGAUCCAUCUUGACAGAGUACACUAGCUAUGUUGAUACUUCAUCAGCACCAGGUCACUAUGUAUUAUUUUGGGAGAUCAAGGGAAAAGAAGGGAAGCAUUGCAAAGAGCUUGACCCAAAGAUAAUGGUAGAGUGUUGCACUAGAAUGGAAGAGUCGUUGCAUUAUACAUAUAAAAUCUAUAGGAAAAGGAACAUAAUUGCAGCUCUGGAGAUUAGGGUGGUAAAGCAAGGAAGUUUUGAGGCACUAAUGGAUUACUAUGUGUCCAAAGGAACUUCAUUGAGCCAAUACAAAAAACCUAAUUGUAUUAAAUCUGAGGAAGCCUUGAAGAUAUUAGAUUCGAGAGUGAUAGGAAAGUAUUUCAGCCCCAAAUCACCGUUAUAAUUAGUUUGCAUCAUUUCUUGUUUAAAAGCUCAGGAGAAUAAUCCUUUUCACUUUAUUGUGUAAGCAUCUGUCAAUGUCUGAAAUGUUAAGUAGGGACAGACAAUCAGAUAAACAUACCAUGUCAGCUUUGCUACAUGAUAUCUUGGAAGCUAAUAAAGUCUUUUGAGAUUCACAGGUGCAGUGAAA